UGGACUGGCAGGUGAAACUGGACUGGUGAACAGCAGCAGGAACAGGAGGAGCAGGAGGAACAGCAGUAGCAGCAGGAGGAACAGCAGUUGUAGGAGGAACAGCAGUAGCAGCAGGAGGAACAGGAGGAACAGCAGUAGCAGCAGGAGGAACAGCAGUUGUAGGAGGAACAGCAGUUGUAGGAGGAACAGCAGUAGCAGCAGGAGGAUAGAGUUCAUUUCCAACACUUCUCUGGGAAUUUAAAUCGUCCCGAGUUCGAGAGAUUUGAAAUUGACGGACUUUUGGAUCGGGGCCCUGAUCACAGGAGGUCCAGGAUGAAUAAGCUACGGCAGAGUUUCCGGCGAAAGAAAGACGUGUACGUUCCCGAGUCCAGCCGACCGCACCAGUGGCAGACGGACGAGGAGUCGGUCCGCAGGGGGAAGUGUAGCUUCGCAGUCAAGUACCUGGGUCAUGUAGAGGUGGAGGAGUCAAGAGGAAUGCACAUCUGUGAGGAUGCAGUGAAGCAGCUCAAGACGGACAGGAAAUUCUUCAAAGGCUUCUUUACUAAAGUUGGGAUUUGUGUUUGUGCAGGGAAGAAGGCAGUGAGAGCGGUGCUAUGGGUCUCAGCAGACGGUCUCCGUGUAGUAGAUGACAAAACUAAGGACCUGAUCCUAGACCAGACAAUAGAGAAGGUAUCGUUCUGCGCUCCGGACAGGAACUUUGAGAGAGCGUUCUCCUACAUCUGUAGAGAUGGAACAACGAGACGCUGGAUCUGCCACUGCUUCAUGGCUAUCAAGGACUCGGGAGAGCGUCUGAGCCACUCGGUGGGCUGUGCCUUAAGCUGCCUGUCUGGAGAGGAAACAGAAGAGAGAAAGGAGUGUGGUGUCACAGCAACCUUCGACUCCAACAGAACCACCUUCACCAGGGAGGGCUCGUUCAGAGUUACCACGGCGGAAGCCGGGCGAGAAGAGGUCAUGAGGCAGUUGCAGGACAAGAAAGCGGAGAGUGAUGUCAAGUCCGCAAUGCCUCUCUCCUCGGGUCCCAGUGUGGGUAUAGUGAACCAGGCUGUGGCCCCUCUACCAGGGUCCCCCUCCUCCUCCCCUCCCCUGGGCAUGGAGAGCACCCUGGGCCUCCAGGUUAUCCCCCGCAGACACGCCCCAGUGGAGGCCCUGGCCAGACAGGGUUCCUUCAGAGGGUUCCCUGCCCUCAACAACAACUCCUCUCCCUUCAAACGGCAGCUGUCCCUCAGGAUGAACGAUCUUCCCUCUACCAUGCAGAGGAAGUCUGACUUCCCCAUGAAGAACACAGGUACUGCCCCUUUUAUAUAG